AAUAAAUAAAAAUGUCAGGACUACGUCUCGCACAGGUAAGUUGCAGUGACCAAGCACCACUUGGCUUAAAACCCUUUCUUCCCAACUGGUGAAUGGUGAUUGUCUCUUUUUCACUGUUCAGCUUUGAGCCCUAUCAGAAAAUGUGUAUGAAGCAAAAUCGGUGAUUUAGUGAGUGCGCUAGGCACAAGUGUGUCUCUUUCUCUUUUCUCUUUUAUAUAAAAUAAAUAAUGCCAUUUUCUAGUCGUCUCCAUGUUUUUGCAAGGCCUUUACUCUCCUCCUCUAUCCUUUACCCUUCGCGUCAGAAUGGAAUUACACAAAUAAUGACCAGGAUUGGCAUGAACACCUGCUCGAUUUCUUCUACAGUUUCAGCUGAGGCUUCAGACUUAGAAUGUGAUGAUAUCCAUGAUGAUCUUAAAGCAGCAGAGAAAAAUAAUGCACUUUGCUUGGCUGUCUCCCAGCUUGCUAGUGAGUUUAGCAAGGAAUCGAUGUUAUCUUUGAAGAAGUUUUUUGGUGUACGCUAUGCCAAUGUGGUAUCUACAGGCUCUUUGAAGCUUGACUUAGCUCUUGGGGUCGGAGGAUUACCAAAGGGUAGGAUUGUUGAAAUUUAUGGACGAGAAGCAGCUGGUAAGACAACACUUGCCCUUCAAAUUAUUAAAGAAGCUCAAAAGCUUGGAGGAUAUUGUGCAUAUCUUGAUGUAGAAAAUGCGUUAGACCUUUCACUUGUGGAAUCAAUGGGUGUAAAUACCAAAAAUCUUCUCAUCUCAAAUCCUGAUUGUGCUGAAAAUUUGUUGAGCAUGGUUGAUACAUUAACAAAAAGUGGAGCUGUAGAUGUAAUUGUGGUUGAUAGCGUUGCUGCUCUUGUCCCCAAAUGCGAACUUGAUCAAUUAGGAGUUGCUAUGAAUCAAGAUUUACAUUCGCGAAUUAUGACACAAGCACUACGGAAAAUUCAUUAUUCAUUAUCCCGCUCCCAAACUCUCAUCGUUUUUGUUAAUCAGAUUAGAUUUAGUCCAAAAGCAGUUGGGGGACGUGGACCUAUGGAAGAGGUCACUUGUGGUGGAAAUGCUUUGAGAUUCUAUGCAGCUGUUCGUUUGCGACUUUCAAGAAUGAGAUUGAUCAAAACUGAAGCUAAGGUUGAGGGUGUUAUGGUCUGCGUGCAAGUGGUAAAAAAUAAACUAGCACCAGCAGCAAUGAAAAAAGCUGAACUCGGUAUCAAGUUUGGAAGAGGAUUUUGCCAAGAAUCAGAGGUCUUUGAUUUGGCUUGUGACCAUGGACUCAUUAUGAAAGAUGAGGGAAAUUACUUUAUUGAAGGGGAGACUUUUAGUAGUAGAGAAGCAGCUGAACUAUUUUUGGCUAAAAAUGAAAGGAUUUGUGACAAGUUAAUUAUGCACAUGAAAAGACUUUACCUUUAAAAAUUGGACAAACCUCCAAAUCUUCUGUUAAACUCAACCGCCAUGGAUGAUCUAGGCCAAACUGCAGAGGUUAUGUAAUUAAAAAACUUUGCAAUCAUAUUCUAAAGGCAUCAGUAUUGUCUUUAAUUGACAUCAACCAUUCUGUAGAUGAGCAAACUGCAUUUAAGUUAUAGGAAUUAUCAGCUGCUAUAAUGUGUGGAUCUAGGUGUGGAGUACUGCAAAGUCACAGCCCCAAAAGUGAAAUUUGGCUGCUCUUUGUAAACCAUUUGAUUGGAUCUAUUAGGAAAUAUUUAUUGUAUUCAUUUGCCAGAGAAAUGUUCCAAUUAAGUUAUAGGAAUUGUCAGCUGCUAUAAUGUGUGGAUCUAGGUGUGGAGUACUGCAAAGUCACAUCCCCAAAAGUGAAAUUUGGUUGCUCUUUGUAAACCAUUUGAUUGGAUCUAUUAGGAAAUAUUUAUUGUGUUCAUUUGCCAGAUAAAUGUUCCAAUUACAGGACUGCAAUGUAGAUGAUGAGAUUCUUAGGUUUUACAGGACUGUGUAAAUGAGGUAGAUUCUUAAGUUUUGCGGUUUCAUUGGAUGAAUCUGUGUAUCCCUUUUCUGGUUCCUAUACAUGUGAACUGUUUUCAUAUGACAAAA